AUGCUUAGUAUAUAUAAAAGAAUUUGUUGUAAUAAUGCACUAAGAGCUAUAUGUAUUAUAAAUAAAUCUGUAAUAUGUGUUUCAUUCGGAAAUAUUAUAAGAAUAAUAAAUGUACGAAAUAUAGAUAUCUUAGCAGAUUGUGUAGUAUCUAGUAGUAGUCAUAUAUAUGGCUUUUGUUAUAAGAAAGAAAAUAAUAAAAAAUAUGGUAUAUUAAUAGCACAUGGUGUACAUAAAAUAUAUAUUUAUAAAUUAUAUAUAAAUUUAAGGAAUGAAAAAUGUUUAUUGAAGUUAUUAAAAAAAUAUUGUACGAACAAAUGGAUUUUAAAAACGACAUUUUUUUUAAAAAAGGAAGAAGAUGACAUGAUUUUUUCAAAUUCCAUGUCCUUUACAUAUGAGAGACAUAAAAAUGAAAAGACACAUAAUAUCGAUAAAAUAAAUAAUAUAGAAAAUAAAGAUUUACAAAAAAUUAAAAACAUUCUUAUCAUAUCAUUAAGUAACGGGAGUAUUUUAUUAUUAGAUAUAUAUAAAGGUAUAAGUUCAUUAAAAUAUAAAUUUAUAGGUAUACAUUUAUUAUAUAGUUCUGAUAUAUUCAUAAAGCAUAAAAAAAAAUGUUACAAUAUAUAUGUCGUAGGAGGUACUCCAUUUAAUAAAAUAUUAUUGUGGUCAUUUAAAAUUAAUAAAAAAGAUAUUACAAAAUAUUGGUGUGCUCAAACAAAGAAAAAUAAUAACAUAAAUAAUAAUAAAAUUAGUAUACCAUUAAAACAUUUCGAAGAAUUAUCUGGACAUAGAGGUAUCAUUUUUAAAGUUAAAUUUUUUAAAAGCACAAAAUAUAUCUGCUCAGUUUCUGAUGAUAGAGAAGGACGUGUAUGGUAUAGGAUGAAGAAUGAAGAAUUUAUUAAGAAAACAAAUAAAAGGAUAGUAGAAAAAAAAAAUACAUAUCAAAUGAAUAAACCCUCUUUUUAUUAUUAUACAUGUAUAAAAAUAUUAACAGGUCAUAAUGCUAGAGUAUGGGAUAUAGAUAUGGGGAAGUUUAAAAACAAAUUAUUUUUUUUUACAUGUAGUGAAGAUAGUAUGUGUAAUGUUUAUUCUAAAAAUCAAAACAAGUUUUUUAAAUAUUCAAAUAAUAAUUCUAGCACAAUCAGAUGUAUAUUAUAUCAUUCUUAUAUGCAAUUAAUUAUAUCAGGAUCGGAUAAUGGCACCUUACACAUUAAGCCCAUAACUUCUUUUUUUUUACAAACACACAACGAUUUAAACCAGGUAAAAAAUAUAUAUAAACAUAAUAAUAAUAAUAAGAAGAAUGAUAAUUAUUAUAAUUGUGGAGAGGAUCACAUUUCACACCCACUAUGCAACAACAAUAUAAUGAUGGAAGAUAAAAAAAAUCAUAAAAAUAAACUUCUUUAUAAUUCCGGUACAUCAAUAAAUAUGUAUGAAGAAAAUAUUAUAAAAAGAAACCCUUGUAUAGAUUAUAUAAAUAGUGUUGUACAAAAGAACGAUACGAUUAAUUUUUAUGUAGAUGAAUUAUGUAAAAUUAUGAAAAAGAAAAAUGACUGGAUAAGAUCUGUAGAUCAUAUAAAUUUAUAUGAUGUAAUAGUUUGUACAAAUUUUGGACGAAUAUACAUUUUAAAAACAAAAGAAAAAAAUAGAAAGUUAUUUUUAAUAUAUGAAGAACAACGAGAGAAUUAUUUGUUGACUUGUUUAACUUUUUUCGGAACUCAAUGUAUGUGUUUAGGAUAUAGUAAUGGAUAUUGCUGUUUUGUUAUUUUAAAUGAGGAAUAUGAUAAUUAUACAAAUUGUAAAAAUGAAAAUAAUAUAAAAUAUAAUAAACAAAUAGAAGAUAUAAAUAAAGAGCAGGAUAAUAUAUUUUAUGAAUCUCAAUUUAUAUCUGAUGAAAACAAAAAUUUACAAUCAACAUAUUUCUCAUGUUUUAAUCAUCGUAUAAGUGAAAUGUUGUUAGUACCAUUAUCAUGUAUAAGUUAUUAUAAUAUCAUUGAUUCGAUUUCUACAAAUGAAAUGAGCAAAUAUAUUGAUCACGUUUUGUAUUUACGUAUGCGUCAGAGUAAACAAAAUAAAGAACAAAAUGUAAUAAAAAAAAAUAAUAAUAAAAAAAAUAAUAAUAAUAAAAAUAAUAAUAACAAUAAUAAUAAUAAUAAUAAUAAUAACAAUAACAAUAAUAACAAUAAUAAUAAUAAUAAUAAUAAUAAUCGUUGUAGUAGUUGCCGUUGUAGUAGUUGCCGUUGUAGUAGUUGCUGUAGUAAUUGUUUUUGUUGUAGUUUAUAUACAAACAAAAUGUUGUUACAAAAUAUGGAAAGAGAUUUAGAUUAUUCUUCCUAUUUUCAUCAAAUUGUAUAUAAUCAUAAUAUACCCAAUUUAAAUCAUAUAUCAUGCACACUUAUAGAAAAAAAAGAAAAAUCAUAUUCAUGUAGCCCAAGCCUACCAGGUUUAUCAUUUGACCUAUCUAUAAAGACAUUUUUAUUGUUCAACUUUGAUCAUACGGGAAAUAUAAAAAUUUUUAAUAUCGAAGUUUGUAAAAAUGAAAAGGUAGACAUCCAAAAAAUGUGCGAUACAAUGAUUGACGUAAAAAAUAAGAAAUCCAAAAUAAUUUGUGUUAAUUAUGUUUUAAGACAGAAAAGAAUAAAAAUAGAAAAGAAAAAAAAGAAUUUAAAAGAAAUAAAAAAUGUGUAUAUGGAUGAUGUACAACAUAAAAUAAGUAUCUUAUUAUUCGUAGGAGAUGAAUAUGGAUGUAUUUUUAUUCUUUAUAUUAAUAUACCUAUACAAAUAGAUGAAAAUAAUAAAAUUAUUUAUCAUUUUAAUAAAGCUUAUAUAAAAUCCAAAGAAAAAUUACGUGUCCAUAAUAAUAGAAAAGUGUUCGAUAUAAAAAUCAUUGAUCAAUGUAUAUAUUCAUGUGGACAAAAUGGUAAUAUACUUAAAUAUGAAUUAUAUAAAGAUGAAAGAAAAAUAUAUUCUUUAUAUAAAUUAUGUUUAAUUAAAAUACCUUAUUAUUCUUCAUUAUAUAAAAUAUUGCCUACUAUAUAUAAUAUACCAAGCGAUACCUAUCAUACAAAGGUAUAUUCUAAUAGCUUAACAAAGAAAGAGAAACACAACCCUAGGCACAACAUCAACAAUAAUGAUAAUAAUAAUAAGAAGAAGAAUAAUAAUUUUUAUUAUUAUUAUAAUGAUGGGCAUCAUAAAUUUUCUACCUUUACCAAUGAAGAUAAAAAAAAAAUGAAUAACAUACACGAUAAUAUCUUCAUUUGUUGUUUUAAAGAAAAGAAAUUUGUCCUAUACGAUAUGAAAAAUAAAACCGAAUAUUUAUCUGUUGAAUGUGGUGGAUUUAGAAGACCCUUAAGUGUAUUUAUGAAAAGUCUUUCGAAUACUUCUUUAACCUUUUCUUUAUGUUUCUGUAAAGAAAAGAAUAUAUUUUUUUAUUUUAAAAAUAUUAAUAACAAAACAAAUAAUAUUAUACCAUAUGAACAAAUAUAUUACAAUUCUGAUUUUCAUGCAAAAAAUGUUUCAUUUCUUCUAUGGUUUGAUCAAAAUUAUUUUUGUACUUGUUCAGAGGAUGGGACCAUCAAAUUAAUGUACAUAAAUAAGAAGAAAAAUAUAAGGAAUAUAGAAAAUAUAAAAAAAACAGAACAAAACAAAAAUGUAAAAGUUAAUAAUUUGAAGGAUAUAAAAAAUGAUACAUUUAUUAAUAACAAUAAUUAUAAUAUAUAUGAUAAAAAGAAAAAAAUUAAUUAUUUGAAAUAUGAGUUAAGAAUUAUUCAAAAUGUAUAUAAUCAUACAGAACCUAUUUUUCAUAUGUCAUUUUUGAAAAGUCCAUUUUAUUUUUCUACAAAAUUUAAACUGUUUAUAUCAGUGGGUGCAAAAAAUUCGGCUAAUAUUUUUUAUACAUUUGUUCAUAAUGAAAAUUCAAAUGGGACAGCUACAUAUAAGGAACAUACAAAUAAUUAUCAUCAUCAUAAUAAUAAAAAUAAUAUAUUAGGUAAUACUAUUAUACUUAACAAUAUCGAUAAUUCAAAAAAUAAUGCACCUAUUAUUUAUCAUUUAGAAAAAUUGAGAACUCACCAAUUUUCUAGCAACUUAAGAUAUUUAUGUGUACAUGGUUUUUUUAAUAUUAUUUCUAAUGUAGAAUAUACAUAUGUUAUUCAAACGAACAUCUUUAUCGGUACAUCUAUAGGAUAUAUAUUUCAUUACACUGGGUUAUAUGAAUUCACUAUUUAUAAUAAAAUCAUCUUUUCAAAAAUUAUUAAACGUGCAACUAUUAUAUCUACAUAUAAUUUGAACAGCACAAUAUUGUCCUUGAGCUGGAAACAAAUAUGUAUCAAUAGAAAUUAUGAUAAUAUAGAUGGUAAUAAUACUUAUGAUAAAAAUAAUACUAAUGACAAUAAUAUUUAUGAUAAAAACAAUACUAAUGACAAUAAUAUUUAUGAUAAAAAUAAUAUAGAUGUUAAUAAUAUUUAUGAUAAAAACAAUACUAAUGACAAUAAUAUUUAUGAUAAAAACAAUACUAAUGACAAUAAUAUUUGUGAUAAAAACAAUACUAAUGACAAUAAUAUUUAUGAUAUGCCCCCAAAAGAACAAAAUAUAACAAAUGAUAACAUAUUUAUAACGAAAGAUAAAUAUAAAACAAAUUACACAAAUUAUGAACUAGUAAAUAUAUUAUUUUGUGGAUUAAAUAAUGGUAUGAUAAUUAUUUAUGAGCUUGAUAAAAAAUUGAAAUUAUUAAAAAAAAUUCAUAUUCAUCAAAAUGGUAUAAAUAAAAUAUGUGUUAAAAAAAAACAAAAAGACUACUUACAAAUAUAUACAUGCUCAGAUGAUCAAUCUAUAAAUAUAUUAAUUUUUAAAAUGAUAUAUACACAAAAUAAUAAAUUAAAAAAACUUAUCAUAAUACAAAAUACAAAAUUUACACAUUCACAUUUAUCAUCCAUUAGAUCUUUAUAUAUGUUUUCUAAUUACCUAUUUAGUGUAUCAUGGGAUCAAUAUAUACAUAUUUGGAAAAUACAAAAAAAUGAACAAAAAAUAUAUUUCCUAAACAAAAUAAGACAAAUUAAAACAUCAGUGUAUGAUGUUUCUUGUAUAAAUUCUUUUGUAAGAAAAAAAUAUAAAAACAUACAGAACAAUAAAAAUAAUACUAUUAAAUAUAAAGUUUAUUUAUGUGUCUCAGGAAUUAAUGGUAGUAUGGAAGUAUUCCAUCUCAAAUUUGCUCCAUAA